CUCCUCGCAGCACCGGAGUGGAUGACAUCUCCAGCCGUGGACUGCACUGGGCAAGCACUGUGACAUCAGGGCAAGAAGGGAGCAGAGGCAUCGGUGGCAUCAGGGCAAGAAGGGAGCAGAGGCAUCGGUGGCAUCAGGGCAAGAAGGGAGCAGAGGCAUCGGUGGCAUCAGGGCAAGAAGGGAGCAGAGGCAUCGGUGGCAUCAGGGCAAGAGGGGAGCAGUGAAUACCCCCUAUUACCAUGCAAUACCAGCACCCUACCUCUGCAGCAAUGAGCUUCAGUGUGCCCCUAUAUGCCCCUACCCCCCUGCAGCCUGUCCACCCAACUCCUUUCUACAUCGAUGACAUCUUGGGAAGGAAUGCAACCUCUAAUGGGACCCCCGCUAUACCAACCCCUACCCUGCCAUCCCCCAAUUCUUCAUUUACCAGCCUGGUGACCACAUACAGGACUCCCAUCUACGAACCAACACCGAUCCACCCAGCUUUCUCCCAUCCAGCUGCGCUGGCUGCAUCCUACGGAACCAGCACCUUCCAAAGCCCCCUGUACCCCUUCUCAAGACCCAUGGGGGAAUACACUCAUGCCCUCAUCAGACAUGACCCUAUGGGUAAACCCCUUCUCUGGAGCCCCUUCAUUCAGAGACCCCUACACAAGAGAAAAGGGGGGCAAGUGAGGUUUUCAAAUGACCAAACCAUUGAGCUGGAGAAAAAGUUUGAGACCCAGAAAUAUCUGUCACCCCCAGAGAGGAAGAGACUGGCCAAGAUGCUGCAGCUCAGCGAGAGACAGGUCAAAACCUGGUUCCAGAACAGGAGGGCCAAAUGGAGGCGGCUCAAACAGGAGAACCCCCAGGGAAAUAAGAAAGAAGAAACUGAAAGCUCAGCUAAUUGCUGUGAAGAGGAACAGAACACCUGUUUGGGCUCAGAUCAUGCCAACAAGGAAUCCUCUCUAGAUGGAUCUAACUACACCCCAUCCCCCACAUCUCAGGAUAAUUUGGACUCUGAUAUUUCUGAGGAUUCUGACCAAGAAGUGGAUAUAGAAGGAGACAAGGCUUAUCACAGCUGUGCACAUUAAUGUAUAGGCUUCUUAAAGGACCUUUAAAUUCUUCCUCCAAUUUAUAGGAUGGCUUGACUUAAUACCCCCCCCCCACCAAAACAUUUCUAUCAUGGGGUAAGGACAUGUGAAUAUAAUAAACUUUUGUACAUUACAUGGGCUACAAUGUAUAAAAUUCUAAUUCAUUGCAAAAAUCUUUAUUUCAAGAUUGUGUAUUUAUCUUUUUAUUAUUGUUGCAACCUGUCUUCACAUUUCUAUGUGUAGGGAACAUUGUUUCCUAAGACUUUUUUUCAGGACCUAAUUAUCAAAAUAAUAUUUUAUCAGGGAUUACAGACUUUAAGAAAAAAAUAUUUUUAUGGUCUG